CUAUUGGGUCUUAGCCAGGUCACGUGACCCAGGCCAAGCUCACUCCGCCAAUCCCAUUCAGCAAAGGAACAACUGCCUGAAUCACUGCUGCCCCUUGUUCCUGCAAGUCCUGCCCAGUUCCAGAAUGUCCUCUGUUGGAGCCCCUUUCUCUGUGGAAUGUUUUUAUCCCAUUAUUCACCACAGGUCGAUGCGGGUUCCCUGCUAGCUCAGCACUCGUUUGGCUCACCGACUCCCUUCAUUGGUGCAAUCUGUCUACUCAUACUACAUUUGAGGACACAGACAGCUAUCCCAAAAUAGCAGGAUAUACUAUGAAAGAGUAGCUGGCCUGACCGUUCCACGCCGUACCGGGAGUGCACGCUGUGCAGAUUCCUGACCGUUCUGUGCCAAGUACCGGGAGUGCACCCUGCGUGGAUUCCUGACCGUUCUGCGCCGUGCUGGGAGUGCACGCAGCGCAGAUUUCUGACCGUUCCACGCCGUCCCGGAAGUGCACGCAACAAGGAUUCCUGACCGUUCCGCGCUGUGCCAGGAGCGCGGGAAAGGUGGGCGGCGUGGACCCUGCAGUUUCACCACAGAGCUAUGAAGACGUUGAGAAUCUGCAAUAUGCAAACUGCCUCUGUAGAGCUUCUAAAAGGGAUCACUAGAGGAAGGAAUCCUAUUCUUGGAGCCUCAAUAUCCUGUCUCCCCAAGACACUGCCUUUGAGUAACUGCAGCUCCAAAUUUUCCAUACCAAAUGUAAGACUAUGGUUAUAUAGUUAAGAGCUUUUUGCUCUAGGUCUCAAAUAUCCAACUUACCCUUCCAAAGUCAUUUGAUUAAAUGCUUUGUGUUGUAGCUAUAUGGGGAAAUGACAUAGGCAAUAAAGAAAUCUCAGUGUAACAAAUUCUGAGAAAACAUGGAAUUUACAGUUGGCCAGGGGAUCCACUAUACUGUAUUAGGUUGGACAACAAAUAAUGUGCAGGAUGAAAACAACAGAACCUUGCAUUAGAAUAGAAGCCUCAGCGGGGCGUGGUGGCUCAUGCCUGUAAUCCCAGCACUCUGAGGUGGGAGGAUCAUUGCGAGUUCAAGACCAGCCUGGGCUACAAAGUGAGCUCAAGGCCAGCCUGAACUGCAUAGCGAGAUCCCGUCUCAAAAAAAAAAAAAAAAAAGCUUCAGUCUUUCACAGUAAUAUGCAUCUCGUGUCCAUAUAAUAUUCAACUAUAGCACUGCUAAAAUGAAAUUCUACCCUGCUUUAAAAAAAAAAAACCUAAAUUGGGCGUGACGGCAUACACCUGUAAUGCAGGCUGGGGAUGUAGCUCAGGGGUACGACGCCCCAGGGUGGUUCGAUCUUGGUGGGGCGGUGUACACUGGACCAGUUAUCAACAAUGUCUCAGCAUCACUUCGUCAUCACUCACAGCCGCCAACCACGGUCCAGCAAAUGGCCCGGUCCCCACUUAAAGUCUCAGAAGUCCGAUCGAAAGCAGUCAGGCCCUCUUCGCUCGCGACUCGUUGACAAUCACACCCGACAUCGACGCGGGUCACACACAACCGCACGCACGCGACGAUCACGCAAACGCCCUCCUCCGCGGGGGACUCGUAUCUGCCUCAGACUUCUGUGCGCCGCAGAACUCUUCUCAUACCCGGAGCCGGGACGCCAACUGACCAUGUAAAAAACGCUGACCGAAAGCCAGAGCAAAAUAAGCCAGAAGUCUACGUUUACGGGACUCUUCUCUUUUUCAAAAGAAGAGUUCAAAAUAGAAGGUUCAUCUCUUGUAAAACUUGAAGCCAUGUCUAAGGAUGAACUAGAGUGUGCCCUUACAGGGAUCAGUGUCAUUGAAGGAUGUGACUGUGGACUUCACUGAGGAAGAGUGGCAGCAGCUGGACACAGCUCAGAAGGCCCUGUACAGGGAUGUGAUGUUGGAAAACUACCGCCACUUCAUCUCUGUGGGGUUUCACAUAACUAAGCCUCAUAUGAUCUGCAAAUUGGAACAAGGAGAAGAGCUAUGGACAGAGAGAAUUUUUCCAAGUCAGAGCUACCUGAAAGAUGGAAAGGCCGAAGAUGUUUUAGUGAAGUUCAGAGGAUACCAAGACACGCAUUCUAGAUCAGCUGUAUUUAUCAAUCACAAAAAAGCACUUAAGGAGAGAAGUAACAUUUAUGGAGAAACCCAUACUUUAGUAAAGAACCAUAUUAUUUCAAAAGCAACAUUCUAUGAACAUAAAUUCAAUGCAAAAGUUUUGAAAAAUAUUUCCAAAUUAGUUAUUAGAAAUAUAAACCCUGUAAAAGAAAAGUUUGGUGAGAGUGAUGGGUGGGAAAAACUAAUCCUCAAUACUAGACAUGGAAAAAUUCAUCCUGCAGUAAAUCUCCAUAAACAAACAGAAAGAGAUCUCAAUGGUAAACAAGAGCUUAAUCAGCAGCAAAAAUUUCAAAUUUCAGAGCAACCAUUUGAAUAUAAUGAAUAUGAUAAAUCCUUCCUUAUGAGAGGAAUGUUACUUUCACAUAGUAGACCUCACAAAAGAGAAGGAACAUUUGAAUACAAUACAGAUGGAAUUGCUUUCAUGGAAAAGUAUGAUCUGGGUAUCCAUUCCCAUAAUAUUAUGGAGAAAAAGCUCUCUGCAUACAGCAAAUAUGAGAAAUUCCUUUGCACAAAGUCUUUUUUUAUUAUGCAUCAGAGAUCUCAAACAGAAGAGAAGCCAUUUCAGUGUCCUUAUUGUGGAAACAGCUUCAGAAGGAAGUCAUAUCUUACCGAACAUCAGCGAAUUCACACAGGCGAGAAACCCUAUGUUUGCAAUCAGUGUGGAAAAGCCUUCCGUCAGAAGACAGCCCUCAAUCUUCAUGAAAAAACACAUAUUGAGGGGAAACCGUAUCUUUGUCUUGACUGUGGAAAGUCCUUCCGCCAGAAGGCAACCCUCACUAGACAUUACAAAACACAUACAGGAGAAAAGGCCUAUGAAUGUACUCAGUGUGGAAGUGCCUUUAGAAAGAAGUCAUACCUCAUCGAUCAUCAAAGAACUCACACAGGCGAAAAACCGUAUCAGUGUAAUGAGUGCGGGAAGGCAUUUAUCCAGAAGACAACCCUCACUGUACAUCAGAGAACUCACACAGGAGAGAAACCCUACAUUUGUAAUGAGUGUGGGAAGUCCUUCUGCCAAAAGACAACCCUUACUCUCCAUCAGAGAAUUCACACAGGGGAAAAACCCUAUAUUUGUAAUGAUUGUGGGAAGUCCUUCCGCCAGAAGGCAAUCCUUACUGUUCAUCACAGAAUACAUACAGGAGAAAAAUCCAAUGGAUGUGCUCAGUGUGGAAAAGCUUUUAGUAGGAAAUCAAAUCUCAUCCGUCAUCAGAAAACUCACACAGGAGAGAAACCAUAUGAAUGUAAAGAAUGUGGGAAGUUCUUCAGUUGUAAGUCAAACCUCAUUGUUCACCAGAAAACUCACAAGGUAGAAACCAUGAGGAUUCUGUAAGUGAUGUAACUUUUUUGUAAAAUUUUUAAAGUCAUAAUAAACCCUAUACCUGGUGUUGCUUGCAAAUAUAAUAAUAUUCAAUGGUUUAAGAUACUAUAUUAUAUAUUUACUCUUUUUCUGUGUGAAACAUGCACACACAUAUACACAUGCAUAAUUCUUGGAUAAAUUAAAUAAUGAGAAUCUUGGAAGGAAAUUCUGAAUUUUUUUUAUCAGAUUCAGGACACUAAAACUUUUUCUGUUAAAUUGCUAAAAAAAAUUCAGAAUUGUUUAUUUGUACUUCAGUGUUUAUCUUUUUGUGAACCAGUAAUAAGCAAUUGGCUGACUGGCAGUGCUCCCAAUGAUAUGUUAAUAGAAGUGCUUUAAAGAAAGGAAGUGAACUUGUAUUUCUCACAGCAAAUAUGGAGUUGUGUUACCUCCUUAAAAUUACUCAUAGUUUUAACUUCUAACACUAUAAAUUAGUUUUGCAUAUUAAAAACCUUUAUAUAUAACAUAGCCUCUAAUAUCCAAUGUGUCUCUAUGUCUGUUGAUCAAUGCAUGUGGCAGAAGCUCUUUUAUUUUUAUUCUGUAUAGAAAUCUAUUAUAUCAAUGUAUCAUAGUUUAUCCAUUCUGUUAUUGAUGGACUUUUACAUUGUUUACAGCCUAGGGUCAUAAUAAAUAAUGCUUCUGAGAACAGAUUUGUCUUUUGCUUUUGUGUAUAUACUUAGAAUUCCUGGGUCUUAGGGCACAUGUAUGUUCAGUCAUCUUUAGUAGAUACUGCCAAAUAACUCAGGACUUUCACACAGUAAAAUUUACUCUGGAAGGAAAUGACUAUCCAAUAUUAUGGGGUUUCAAACCACAGAAUUUACGCUAAAGGAAAACUUUAUCAAUGUUAUUAGGCAAGCUGGGAAUGUGAAUACAAUGCACAUAGAAAGGCUUUUAACCAUAGCCCAAAUCUAACCACUUAACAGUUUACUUUCAAGAUCUCUUGGGCAGUGCUAUCUCAAGUGUCUCUUGGGCAUAUAUCAUUUCAACCAGUCAAUUAUUGAAUUGAAUAAAUUUGAUAAGGUUGUCAUUUUUAAAUUUCUUGUUUUAGUAACUUAUAAAAAUUAAUGGGAAAGGGCCAGAAAUUUAGCUAAUGGCACAAGUGCCUGCCUGGCAAAUGCAAGGCUGUGAGUUCAAUUCCUGGUACCAAGAAAAAAAAAGUUAAUGAAAAAAAUAUGCAACUUUUGGUCAUCUUAUAUUUAAAUAAUUGGACUGGUAAGUGAUUAACGUAGCAGACUAAUAUAAAAUAUGUGGUUUCCUUUUGCCACCAUUAAUGCCUUGUUAUUAAAUUAAACAAAAAGUUAUACUAGAGAAAGGCAAGCAUUCACUAUUUUCCUUGGUUAACAUCAAGAGAAUGCCAGCUGGAGAAAACGCCUAUGAAAGUCCUGAAGUUGGAGAAUAGAAGGAAUGUGACCUUUAUUGAUGGCCUUUGUCUUAGUGGUUAUAUAGAAAUGUUGGAUAUGGAAAAGCUUAUACAACUCUUACGUGAAACUAAGGAAUUCACCUUGGAUAGGAACCCUUCAAGUGAGUAGGAGAAUCAUAUCUCAUUCCUUAUAAAAUUUCAAAGAAUUUAUACGAGGGCUAAGGAUUUAGCUCAGUGGCAUACAUGCCUGCUUGGCAAGCAUGAAGUCAUAAGUUUGAUCCCUGGCACCAAAAAAAAAAAAAAAGAAUUUAUACCAAAAAUAAAGAAUGAUUACAUUCUUAUUAAAUUUGAUUAAAAGGACUUGAUUAGUUUACCUGUCUAAGUAAAUGCAUAUUUUACAAAUUUGUAAAAAUUAAAAUAGCUCCCAAAGACCUGCUAUAAAUAAUAUAGAAGAAAGUAAGUCUGUCUUCAAACAGAGGCAAAGGAUCAUAAAAUUCAAGCCCAAACUGGACAACCUAAGCACUUAGUCUUAAAAAAAAAAAAAAAAAAAAACGGUGAAUGAGGCGGUAACUCAGUGUGAAGGCCCUGGAUUCAAUCCCCAACCACCAAAAACAAACAAAAGGAUUCUGUGCAGAGACAUUUCUAGCAAAAUCCCAUGAACUAAGAGGCAAAAGGAAGUCAAGAUAUGAAAUCCAGUGAAGUACCACCAUCUUCUGAAAUGUUUUCAUAAAGUCUGGUUAAUUUUUGUUUUAUAUUAGCUGUUUACAUGUAAUAUGCUUCUCCCAUGAAUUUUUGGUUCAGUAGUUUAAUUUGGCAUGAAACAUCAUUUGAUUAUAUUCUAGAAUCCUGCUUCAAAUUUUUUUUUGAAAUUGAGAUCUUUUGCCAGGCGUGGUGGCUCACGCCUGUGUAAUCCCAACACUCGAGGCUGAGGUGGGAGGAUUGUUGUGAGUUUGAGACCUGCCUGGGUUACAAAGUGAGCUCGAGGCCAGCCUGAACUGCAUAGCAAGACCCCAUCUCAAAAAAAAAAAAAAUUGAGAUCUUUUAUUAUUUUUUUAUUUUUAGGAAUUUUCACUUUGUGAAUUAAUACAUGAAAUGAAGAUUUUUUCCAUCUAGUUGAUGUAUUGCUGUAUUGUAUUGGCAUCUCUACGGAGCAAACAUGAGUUUAGAAUUCAACUCUACUCCAAAUAUAUACAAUGGUAGAGGAAUCACUUUGCCAAUUCAUAUUUUGUAGACCUAUCUGCAGGACCAUAAGACAUAUGGAAAGAUAACCAUUAAUUACAAAGACUAAGUAAGAUCCCACAGAGUACACUCAUAUUAUGCUUUUAUUUAAAAGCAAAUGGUGUAACUCAUUAAAAACAGAAAGAAUGAGGAGGGGAAUGUCUGAGAAUAAUCCAGGUGCAAGCUCCUCAUCUCUCUUCCCUGAAAGACUACAAUCCUUGUAUUGAACCACUAAAAUCUACAUGAAUGUUGACUUUUUUUUGGGGGGGGGGUAGCGGGGAUCGAACUCACGUCCUCACACUUGCCAGGCAGGUGCUUAUGCCGUUGAGCUAAACCCCUGGCCAUGAAUGUUGACUUUGUGAGUGCUUAAGGCAGAAGUUCUCUGCAAGAGUUCUCUUUUUGCUGAUUACACUCAAGCCAAAUUAUCUAAUUGGUUAUGUACAUUAAGAACCACCAGUAAACAAACUGGCUGGGGUGGAGAUGCCUCUAGGGAAGUAUCAGAUUUUAAACUGUACCACAUAUAUCUCACUUCCUCAUCUCAGCCAGAGAUAAAUCCAGAUACCCAGGCUUCACAGAGAUUGUUAGAGCUUUGCAAUCCAACUGUAAGUUCAACCAUUUAUUCUACAGUAAAAUUUCUCAAUUUUGUACAUCUUAUGAUGAUAUAUAUGAAAAAUCAUAUAUAUUCGCUCCCUAUGUCUCCAGUAUUAAACAGUGCACACUGCAUCUCAGACAUGAAUAUUCCUUGCCAGAUAGUGCUUAAAUUUCUCCAUUUAAUUUCUGAUCAGCAACAGAGCCAGCCUUGCAAGGCCCUGGCUCAAAAGAAAUAUGCAGCAGUUAAGAGCAUGACCCCCAGCCAGGUGUGGUAGCACAGACAUAUAACCACAGCAUUCUGAGAGGCUGAAGCAGGAGGUUCAUGAGUUUGAGCUUAGACUGAAAGCAAAACUGUCUCAAGAUUUUAAAAGGAUGAGUGGGGCAAGGGGUAGGGAGCUUGGAAUGUAGCUCAGUGUGAAGGUCCCAAGUUGAAAUCCAAAUACCACAAAAAGAGAAAAAGGGCCUCUAUACUGGUAUCCACCAUACACUUGGAAGGUUCAACCAUUUGAGAUACUCCUUAUUUAUACUCUUGGGCUAUUCAGAACUCUAAGAAUACCAAAUGCUGAUAAGGAAUGGAGUAACUCUCAAACUGCUAACAAAAUACAAAAUGGUAAAGGAAAUCUGGAAAACAAUUUGUCAGUCUCUUAAAAAGCUGAACAUACACUUCCCCUAUGACCCAGCGAUGUCAUAUUUAAGUAUUUAACCUGGAAAAAUGAAGAUUUAUUUUCACCCAAGAACCUGUACAGUUAGUCCCCAAUUUAUGAACAUUCGAGUUGUGAACUUUCUCAGGUGCAUUUUGUAUAAGACUCUGUCAGAUUACUAAUGAUUUAUGAAUAUUCUCCUGGAAUGGUAUACAGUGGCACAUGCCUGUAAUCUCAGCACCCAGAAACUGAGGUGAGGAUUGCCAUAAACUCAAAGCCAUCCUGGGCUACAUAGUGAGUUCAAGGCCAGUCUGAACUACAUAGUGAGAUCCUGUCUCAAAAAACAAAAAGACAUAAUUUGGGGAUUUACUGUACAUGCAUGUUAAUAGUAUCACCUGUAACAACCCCAAACUGGAAAGGACUGAGGUAAAGUGUUCAGUGAGUAAAUAAAUACAGUGUGGUCUGUCCACACAAUGGAGUACUGUUUAGCAAUAAAAAUGAGUUACUGUUAUAUACAACAUGAAUGAACUUCAAAUGCAUUAUGCUACAAGGAAAAAAGGCAAUAAUGUUACAUUACUAUAUGAUUCCAUAUGAUGACACUCUGGGAAAAGCAAAAAUAUUAAACAGAAUUGAUCAGUGGUUUCCAAAUGUUUGGCAUUGGGGGAGGGUCUCAGUACAAAGGAGAUGCAUGAGAAAUUCAUUGAGGAAUUGUUUUGUAUCUUGGUUGUGGUCAUAGAUUCCAAAAUCUAUGCAUGUGUAAAAAUAUUAAGAACAUACAUACAGAGAAAGUGAAUUAUUGUGUUAAUUUUCUAAAAAUAAAUUUUUGAAUGUCUA